AUGUCGGGCAUCGGCGAGGCGAGCCUCGUGGUCGGCCUGAUUUCGUCCAUCAUCGCGAUCUACGAAGGCACUCACGAGAUCUACGAAGCGGCGAGCGACGUCGAAGGCCUCCCUCGAAAAUUUCAACUGGUCGCCGACCAGAUCCCCUUGGUGCUCCUCGCCUGCUUGGCGGACAUCGUCGUUCGUCCCAAUCUCCGGCAGCACCGCAAUCACCACGUUGUGGCCACACAUGUCUCCCAAGACGUAGCUGUUCUGGUCGCGCUGCGUGGGGGAGGAUCGGGUGGAUGUGGUCCAGCAUCGCUUUCACGGGGGCCAGUUCGACCCCCAUGGGACAGAUACAGCCCACCGUGUAGUUCCGGUGUGACAGGGGCAUGA